UUCCACAACCCUUAAUCUUCUAUAUAAAGGGCAGUCAGGUCAGGUUCAUCCUUUACUUAUAGUUUUACACACCCAUCCAAAACACAUGCAAUUAAGCUGAGACCAAACCAUAAUUAUGGACCAAGAGAAGAAGCUAGUCGAUGAGGUGUCCGGUUGGCUAAGAGUCUAUGACGAUGGCUCAGUCGACCGAACCUGGACAGGUCCCCCUGAAUUGAAAUUCAUGACAGAGUCUGUUCCACCCCAUGACCAAUUCAUUGAAGGUGUAGCCACUCGUGAUGUUGUUAUUGAUUCCAAUUCGGGCCUCACGGUUCGAAUCUAUAUGCCAGACCAAAUUCCCGCAAACAAAACUAAGUUGCCAAUCAUACUUCAUUUCCCCGGGGGAGGUUUUUGCAUCUGCCAAGCUGAUUGGUGCAUGUACUAUCACAUGUACACCAGGGUGGCAAGGUCAGUUCCAGCCAUUUGUGUCUCAGUUUUUCUCAGGCUUGCACCAGAAAACAGGCUUCCAGCAGCCUGUGAUGAUGGCUAUGCUGCUCUCCUCUGGCUCAGGUCGUUAGCCAAAGGUGAGUCAAAUGAGCCAUGGCUCAAUGAUCAUGCAGAUUUCAACCGGGUUUUUCUUAUUGGGGACAGCUCAGGAGGGAACAUAGUGCAUCAAGUGGCUGCACGUGGUGGGCACUUGGGUUUGAGCCCAUUAAGGCUAGCAGGUGGGGUUCCAAUCCACCCUGGUUUUGUUCGGAAGGAGCGGAGCCAGUCGGAGUUGGAGCAACCGGAAUCACCUUUCUUAACCCUAGACAUGUUGGACAAGUUUUUGGCCCUGGCACUGCCACUUGGGUCCACCAAGGACCAUCCUAUCACUUGCCCGAUGGGGCCUGCGGCCCCGCCACUCAACGGCCUAGAUCUGCCACCAUUUUUAUUGUGUGUAGCCGAGAAGGAUAUGAUCAAGGACACAGAGAUUGAAUACUAUGAAGCCAUGAGAAAAGCUAACAAAGAUGUGGAGUUGUUGAUCAGCCCUGGAAUGGGUCAUAGCUUCUACCUGAACAAGAAUGCUGUGGGCAUGGACCCAAACACUGCUGCCCAAACUGCUGCCCAAACUACUGCCCUUAUUGAUGGAAUCAAAGAGUUCAUCAAUAAGCAUUGAAAAAUGUCUUCUUUGUUUUCUUUUUUUCUAAAUUUACAGUUGUGCCACUAUAAUUAUCUACCCUCACUAUGGAAUAAAACAAAAUAAAAGAAUUAUGAGGGUAAAUCAGUUAGUUUAAUUAUUUUUAAAUAGUGAUAUUUAAUAUA